CACGAAGCCGCCUUGGAGCACCUUGGCUUUGUCUGGUUCAAGCGCUAAGACCGCGCGAUCGCCCGCUGCAUCGACGCAUCUUCGCGCAACAAGUAUUAUAUAAUACAUGACGGCGUACAAGCACGUGCUGGCGGCGCUCACGCGCUUCAACGCGCUGCACGGCCAUCUCUGUGUGCCACCGCGCUUCGCUGUGCCCAAGGACGAUGCGUCAUGGCCCAUCGCCCUGCGCAACGUCGACCUCGCCCAUGCGCUGCACACGCUCGAGGUGCAUGCGUACGCGCUCUCGACGGCCGAGCACACGACGGCCCAUGACCUCGGCGUCGCGCUCGACGCCCCGCUCUGGGCCGACGUCUUCAAGAUGCUGCGAAUCUACAAGAAGAUGAAUGGCGCUGCCGAUGUGCCCAUCGACUAUGUCGUGCACGCCACGCGCAAGCGCGGCGCCGACGAAGCGCCGAUCUGGCCAUCGACGUACGACGGUGUCAAGCUCGGCGAGGUCGCGCGCCGUGUGUGGCUCCUCUCGGCGCAGCUGCCGUCGCACCGCCAGGACGACCUCGCCGACGUCAAGUUUGCCUUUGAUACGCCAACGUCGUGGGCGAACGUCUUGCGGGGCAAAGCUGCGUUUGUAGCUGUCUACGGCUACGACGACGUUCCGGCGUCGUACGUUGUCCCAUUCGACGACCCGACGAUGCCGAUCGAGUGGCGCGGGUGCCGCUUGGGCCACUACCUACGACUGCACCGACAGUCGACAGGUCGCUCCUUUCGACCGAGCGCCGAGCCCCUCUACGUGCUGGCGGCUCGACCCAACCUGUCGCACCUCGAUCGAGUCGUGCUCAGCCUCCAGAUGUACGCGAUGCUGUGCGGUGACACGCUGGUCCCCCCAGCGUUUGUCGUGCCAGAGUUUAGCUCGCGCUGGCCCGCACCUCUCGGUCGUGUUGCUCUCGGCGACGCGGUGGCCUCGCUGCGAGCCGACGGUGGCGCUCUCUCGGCCCUCGAGCGCGCUGCUCUCAACGAUGCUGGCUUUGUGUGGGAUCCUCCCGCCGCAGCAAGGUGGCCCAAUGUUCUAGCCGCGCUCUCCAAGUGGCGUGACGCGCACCGGGACAAGCCAUUUGAUGACGCGUUUGUGUGUCCGCUCGAGUGGCCCGCAGCGGUCGCAGGUCAACCGCUCGGGUACCUCGCGACGCUGCUCGAGGUCCACGACGACUUUAGCUCGGACGCCCAACGGCGGGCGGUGCGACUACAUCGUAUCGAUCUCGACGCACGCUGGUCGGCCAAGCGCGCGGCUCUCGGGUUCUACUACGUGCUGCACCAGCACUCAGGUGUACCAAGCGACUUUGUCGUACCGUCCGAUGGAGGUUGGCCACCGGCGGCGGCUGACAUGCCCCUCGGCGCUGUUGUUCGAUGGCUCCGGCAGGUGCCGCUUGCCGCAAUGGUGUAUGCAAGGCGGCGAGAGCUCGAAGCGCUUCAGUUUGAGUGGCUGUCGGCCAAGCCAGCGAUGGCACCCGAGUUUACCGAGACUCGAGCCGAGUUGGCCAACGCCUCUGAUGCGUUCAAGGUCAACAAGUCACCCAACACCGAGGCGUCGGUGCAAGCUACAGAGGCGAGGGAAGAGGACGUGGACUGGGUCAAGUGGACGAUGGCGCUGACAACGUUCAAGAUGCUGGACGGCCACAUUGACGUGCCGGCAGAGUAUACUGUUCCAACGACCGAUGCUCGGUGGCCUCCGCCGCUGCACGGAUUCCCCCUCGGGGCGGUGCUCGCCGACGUCCGAUCUCGCGUCGUCGCACCGCCAACUUGGGUUCGCCACCAAGUGCAGCACAUGGGAAUGACCUUUGACGCCUCUUAGUCAUCGAGCUCGUCGAGCCUAGAGCGCUGGCAAACCGCCGUCUUGUGUGUUAGGAUACCCGAGUGUACUACUUCGUCAUCGUACUGUAAACCUGCGGACUAGCCACAGUCGACAGAGAGAUGAAAGACAACUUGACCACUUUGCAGUAUUGCCCA